CUCGCUCCGCCCGCACAGCCCCAGCGCCCCCGAGCUUUAUCAGCCUCCCCACACACAUCGCUGGCUUCCUUUGGCGCCGGGUGCUGGUGACCCUAGCCGAGCAGCCACCGCCUCCGAGGCUAGUCCUCGUCCUCCCGCCCGCGGGUCACCGCGCCUCCCCGUUCUGCUCCCCCUAGCACCGCAGCGCCCACCGCCUUUCAGGUUCAUCCUGAGCUGGACCUGUUUUGCUCAUCCCUAAACCCGGAGAAGUGGAAUCUGCACACUGAAACUCUCGGUGGCUGGAGCGGCGGACUGGGCAUGCUCAGAAGCCAGGCUUGGCUUUGGUCUCAAGUCGAAGGAAGCUUUUGCACUCGCAAGGCAGCGGCGACUUUAGGGAAAGUUGAUCCGAGAGGGGAGGAAGCCCCAAGACGCGGAGCAGCGGCAGGAAGGAGCCCCCGGCAGCCCGGAGGAGCAUGGGCACCCUGCGGGAUUUACAGUACGCGCUCCAGGAGAAGAUCGAGGAGCUGAGGCAGCGGGAUGCUCUCAUCGAUGAGCUGGAGCUGGAGUUGGAUCAGAAGGACGAACUGAUCCAGAAGCUGCAGAACGAACUGGACAAGUACCGCUCGGUGAUCCGGCCAGCCACCCAGCAGGCGCAGAAGCAGAGCGCCAGCACCUUGCAGGGUGAACCGCGCACCAAGCGCCAGGCGAUCUCCGCGGAGCCCACCGCCUUCGACAUCCAGGAUCUCAGCCACGUGACCCUGCCCUUCUACCCCAAGAGCCCACAGUCAAAGGAUCUCAUAAAGGAGGCCAUUCUUGACAAUGACUUCAUGAAGAACUUGGAGCUGUCCCAGAUCCAGGAGAUUGUGGAUUGUAUGUACCCUGUGGAAUAUGGCAAAGACAGCUGCAUCAUCAAGGAAGGAGAUGUGGGGUCACUGGUGUAUGUCAUGGAAGACGGGAAAGUCGAAGUUACAAAAGAAGGGGUGAAGCUGUGCACCAUGGGUCCAGGCAAGGUGUUCGGGGAGCUGGCUAUUCUUUACAACUGUACCCGGACAGCGACCGUCAAAAGUAAGGCUCAUUUCCCGGUUUUUCACAUUCUUCCUCUGUCUUCCCUCUCUUGGCCUACGCAAUGUUGGUUUGAUUGCUGAUUGGUUGAAUCCGUGUCACAUGUUAGUAUAGAUACAAACCUUUGCUUUGCGA